CUCUCUCAUUUCCUAGAGAGAGAAACUGUUAGGCAAGAAAAAAACAAAUAAAUAAAGAAAAGCACAUAUUGUACGAGCUAAGACACAACAAAGUAGAAAUCCUUGUUGUUUCUCAUCCUCAUCUUCAGCAUCUUCAAUAUCUUCAUCUGGGUCAUGUUAAUGGUGAAUUGAGAGACAACAAGAUUGAUGAUGAAAGAGUUAGCCACAAAAACCGUCCUUUCUCAGUUUUUUCUUCUCCUAAUACUUUUGUCACCAUGUCUCUCCCAAAAACAAUCCUCCUUCUAUUUCGGUCCUUUCAACGAAUCAUAUUACGCCACGUUAGCCGUCCUCCCCCAAGCCAGCAUCAACAACGGCGCUCUCCAAGUCACCCCCGACUCCAGCGGCGACUUCUCACUCUCGAACCGCUCUGGCCGAAUCCUCUUAAACCAAUCCUUCACGCUUUGGAAAACGCAGAGCCAUAUUGCGUCGUUUAACAGCUCCUUUCUUGUGAACCUUUAUCGCCGGAACGACUCUCCCUCCCCUGGCGAGGGUUUAGCCUUCCUCAUCGCCCCGAACCUCAGCCUCCCUUCCGACAGCCACGGCCAGUACCUUGGCCUGACCAACGCCGCCUCCGACGGCAGUGCCGGCAACAAGAUUGUUGCCGUCGAACUCGACACUUUUAAGGAGGCCUUCGACCCCGACGGCAACCACCUCGGCCUAGAUGUCAACUCUGUCCGCUCCGUCAAGACGGUGUCGCUCUCCAACCUUGGUAUCGAGAUCGCGCCCAAUGGCACGAAGUUCUAUGUGGUUUGGGUCGAGUAUGACGGCGGGAGCCGGCGGCUAAGCGUGUUCAUGGCGGAGCAAGAGAGGGAAGCAGACGAUAAAUUUGUUAUCAGGCCGAAGCCAGAGAAGCCGGUAAUGACGGCGGAUCUCGAUCUUAGUGAGGUCGUUGAUCAAAAGUCCUACUUCGGCUUUGCGGCCUCCACCGGGAGCUCCUUCCAGCUGAAUUGUGUGCUGAGGUGGAAUCUCACGGUGGAGGUGCUGCCAGGUGGAGGAGAAGGGGGCGGCGGCAACGAUCAAGGGGUUAAGAUUGGACUAGGCAUUGGAGUGCCUGCAUUGGUGAUUUUGCUCGUGGCAUCGGCGGGGUUGGUAUAUUACCUACACCGGAGACGGCGGGCGGGGGAGGACCCCGCCAUCUUGGGGGCCCUCAAGAGUCUUCCAGGGACACCAAGGGAGUUCAAGUUUAGUGAGCUAAAGAAGGCUACUAAUAAUUUUGAUGACAAGCAUAAUAAGUUGGGUCAAGGUGGUUUUGGUAUUGUGUAUAGAGGGACAUUGCCUAAAGAGAAGGUGGAAAUAGCCGUCAAGAAAUUCUCAAGGGGCAAUCUCAAAGGAAAGGAUGAUUUCUUAGCUGAGCUCACAAUUAUAAACCGUCUGCGCCAUAAACACCUCGUUCGGUUACUUGGAUGGUGCCACAAGAAUGGGACCUUGCUCCUAGUAUAUGACUACAUGCCCAAUGGCAGCCUGGACAACCACCUCUUCUGCGGUCCCGAGAAGGCGGUGCUGAGCUGGAGUCUCCGCUACAAGAUUGUUUCCGGGGUGGCCUCAGCCCUGCACUAUUUGCACAAUGAGUAUGAUCAGAAGGUAGUACACCGCGACCUCAAGGCGAGCAACAUCAUGCUGGAUGCCCACUUCAACGCGCGGCUGGGUGACUUUGGCCUAGCCCGCGCCUUGGACAAUGAGAAGACCUCCUAUGCCGAGCUUGAGGGUGUCCCGGGCACCAUGGGCUACAUUGCCCCCGAAUGCUUCCACACGGGAAAGGCCACCCGCGAGUCUGAUGUCUACGGAUUUGGGGCAGUGAUUCUUGAGGUGGUGUGUGGACAGCGACCAUGGACAAAGAUCGACAACUUCCAGCUUUUGGUGGAUUGGGUGUGGUGGCUGCACCGGGAGGGCUGCAUUCUCAAGGCAGUUGAUGAGAGGCUGGGGAAUGACUAUUCGGCGGAAGAGGCAAAAAGGCUUCUGCUGCUGGGGCUGGCGUGCUCCCAUCCAAAUGUGAGCGAGAGGCCAAAGACUCAGGCCAUUGUUCAGAUCAUUUCGGGCUCGGUGGCACCUCCCCACGUGCCUUCAUUCAAGCCGCCUUUCAUGUGGCCGUCGGCUGUGCCGGAUGGGGCGGCCAUAGGGAUGGACAGUGACAGUAACAUGAACAGCAUGACUACUAGUAUUACUACUGGCUCUUCUUGGAAUGUCGGAUGGACACCGCGGUACGCCAGCCAGGAGAGCAACACCGGCGGUGAUUACAUUUCAGAACCUUAAGUAGUUCAUACCACAAGUUCAAAAUUACUUAAAACAUCUUCACAUCCCUUUCCCUUUUUUUUUUUCUCCCUUAGAAAAGUUUAGAUGACUUUCAUUUCUAUUUCCUAAUUGUUUUGUGAGGGGUUAAGUAUUUCCUUUCGUUGUCAAAUUAUUUUUGUCAAUUUCUAUUUCACUCGUCUUUGAUUUAUUGAGGGUGGGGAGGCUGUGAGUUCGCCUAUGUAAAUUGUAUAUUCUGACUAAUAGUCCAGCAUGUAUAAAUAUUGUUCUCAUUUUUUUUUUGAUUUUU